AUGGGAGCCACGAAGAUCUUCAGUCUGCUGCUGGGGUCCCUGCUCCUGGCCGCGGUGCUGGCAGAGAAAGGGGAGGGUCACUCCAGACUCCACACUAGGGUCAGUGGCUCCCGACCUCGAGGCCCCAGGUACGCCGAGGGGACUUUCAUCAGUGACUACAGCAUCGCUAUGGACAAGAUCCGCCAACAAGACUUUGUGAACUGGCUGCUGGCCCAGAAGGGGAAGAAGAAUGACUGGAAGCACAACAUCACCCAGAGGGAGGCCGGGGCCCUGGAGCUGGCCCAUCAAUCUAACAGGAAGGAGGGGGCGGCGAGGGAGCAGCAGGGCUCCCUCCCCAAGAACCCCAGUGAUGAAGAUCUGCUAAAGGAUUUACUGAUUCGAGAGCUGCUGGCUUGGAUGGCGGAUCGGAUGGAAAUCUGCAGGUUCAGGUUUCAGUGA